AAAAGAAACAAAGGUAGAAAGGAAUGAGAGCGCCGAUUCCUCCCUAUCCGCGCCUCCGUUGUCUCAGGGCCGGACCAACCUGGUUUGUCUCUCGUACUCCGGCAGUCCCAAGAAAAGAAAGGUUCCUCUACCGCCGGAUUUGGUUUCUAGGCUUUUCUGCAGCAUCUCCCACAGCAACAAGUAUACCUAGUGGUGUUCUCUGGUUGUGAAGUCGUCGUCGUCGUCUUAUUGAAGUUUAGAUUUUUGGUAUCGUUUGCGGCUGGAGACAUGAGCUCGAUGUUGGCGCCUACAUCUUGGUAUUGUGUUCUUGAUCGGGUCUCUUAUCGGUCUGGUUAGCAUCUCUCGGUGUCAAAUUACGUUUGAGGGUAAUGAACUUUGGACUGGAGUCAUUUAAAUUGUAUUCUGUCCUUGUUCAUUUAGUAGGAGGCCAUUCUGAUAGCACAUACAUUUCUGAAGCAGUUGGAAGGAGGAGGAGACACUUCGUAGAAAUUAUAAGCUUUAUAAGCUCAGGUAGAGGACUGGUAGUGUUGCAAAGGGUCGAUGCCGAAUGAUGAGGGUGGUAUAGCAGAGCAGAAAAGAUGUGAGGGUGUUUCUGAACCCAUUUUAGAUUCAACCCUGACCCGUAAUGGGGACGAGAUAAGAGGGGCAGUUAUAGUUUCACAGGAAGACCCUGUGGAUGGGUCCAUGCCUCCUCUGGCGCUUAGCAUCACUAUUUUCCAGCCCGAAGAAGUCUCCAAACCCAACAUGAGUGCCUCAAAGAGCACAGCUUCUGAGGGAGGUGAGAAGAUUUCUGGGAUGGCUGCCUUGAAGAAGGGUUUUUUAUCAAGGAGUGGGAGCUAUCAGGAGCAGUGCAGAGUUUGUCAGCAGGAAACUGAAGAACCUCUGAUUGAUCUUGGGUGCAGAUGCCGAGGUGAUCUUGCUAAAGCUCACCGCUCUUGUAUUGAUACCUGGUUCCUUACUAAGGGUUCAAAUAAAUGCGAGAUAUGCCAGCAGAUAGCUGCAAAUGUGCCAUUUCCUGAAUCAAGACCAAGUGUAAAUAACUGUCUCUGGAGGAUCAACUCACCCUACGUCAUGGGACAAGAACACGAAAGGGGAUGCUUUAACCCACUUUGGGUUGCAUUUGCCAUUUUAAUUGGAGGACUCUUGUUGGAUGUGCUAGUCUCAGUUUCUCUUGGUGUUUCUGCACUGCCUGCGAACAUCAUAAUCGGUGUUCUUAUCGUACUUGGAUUAGGCACUUCUUUUCGGCUUGCAUUGGAAUGCUGUCAAGGCCAGGGUUCAAGAAGAAAUCUGCAGACGACGAACGUGACCUUCAAUCCUGGGUACCAUCCAACAGUGUAAGAGUUGUUACAGUGUAGAGUUGUUACAUCCAAGAAGUAUAGUUUGCGUGCCACUGGAUGUCUUUCCUUUUUAGUCAUCUGUUCAUAUUGUGUCUCAAAUUUCAUUUUCUACAGGAAAACACCGUGUUAAUCAACUUGUAUAUUUUGUGCAAUAAUUUGAACGAAUCUUUCUGAUUGAUGCUUGUGCA